AUGACAUACGACGUCUUCCUGAGUUUCAGAGGCAAGGACACGCGAUUCAACUUUACUGAUCAUCUGCACAGUAAUUUGACUCUUAAGGGAAUUAGAACCUUCAUAGAUGAUGGUCUUAAGAGAGGGGAAGAAAUAUCACCGGCCCUUCUCAGAGCGAUCGAAGAGUCGAAGAUUUCCAUAAUCGUGUUCUCCAAAAACUAUGCAUCUUCGAAGUGGUGCUUGGAUGAACUCGUCAAGAUCCUUGAGAGUAAAGAAACAAGGGAGCAAAUAGUUUGGCCUGUUUUUUACAAGGUGGAUCCGUCGGAUGUACGGCAUCAAAGGGGCAGUUUCGGUCAGGCACUUGCUGACUAUGAAUGCGAGUUCAAAGAUGACAUGGAGAAGGUGCAAAGAUGGAGGAGAAGUCUUACGAAAGCAGCCAAUCUGUCCGGAUGGUGUUUCAUGAACGGGCAUGAAUCAAAAUUUAUUGACAACAUCGUUGAAGCUAUUUCAUUACAAGUAUUAAACCAUGUGUAUUUGAAUGUAGCAAAGUACCCAGUUGGAAUAGAGUCUCGUGUGCGCGCGAUAGUUAAGCUUUUGGGUGUUGGAGGAAACGAUAUUCGCAUGGUAGGGAUAUGGGGCACUGGUGGAAUAGGUAAGACAACAAUUGCUAAAGCUGUUUAUAAUUCCAUCGCCCAUAUGUUUGAAGGUAGCUGUUUUCUAGAUGAUGUUAGAGAAAGAUCAAUGCCGUAUGAAGGCUUAGUCAAACUACAAAGUAUUCUUCUUUCUGAGAUUCUAGGGGUGAAAGAAGUAAAGGUGACCAAUGUUGACAAAGGAAUCAAUGUGAUAAAGAAAAUGUUGAAUGGUAAGAAGCUUCUCCUAAUUCUUGACGAUGUGAAUCAAUUGGACCAAUUAAACAAAUUAGUUGGAAGGUCUGAUUGGUUUGGUUCAGGCAGCAGAAUUGUUCUAACGACAAGAGAUAAGCAUUUGCUAAUUGCUCAUCAAGUCAAUCUAAUAUAUGAGGUUGAGAAGUUAGAUCAUUAUGAGUCCUUAAAGCUCUUCGCCAGUUGGAAUUCAUUUUCAAGAAAUGGACACUUAGAAGAUGAUUAUGCGAAACUUGCAAACGAUGUAGUAGACUAUGCUGAGGGUCUUCCAUUAGCUCUGAUGGUUUUGGGUUCACAUCUAUGUGGUAGAAGUAUUGAUCAAUGGAAAUAUGCAUUAGAUGGUUACAGAAGAGUUCCUAACCGAGAGAUUCAAGAAAUUCUCAAAAUAAGUUAUAAUGCACUAGAAGAUGGGGUGAAGGAAGUUUUCCUUGAUAUUGCAUGUUUCUUUAAAGGUCGAGACAAGGAUUAUGUGAUACAAAUACUGGAAGGUUGUGACCUCAACCCUAAGUAUGAUCUUGAAGUACUCGUGGAAAAGGCUCUUAUAAAUAUUACGUAUGAUGGCUGCAUUUGGAUGCAUGACUUGAUACAAAAAAUGGGUAAAGAAGUAGUUCGCCAAGAGUCACCAACUGAGCCUGGAAAACGUAGUAGGUUGUGGUUUCACGAGGAUGUUUACCAUGUUUUAACAGAAAACACAGGAACGGAUAUGAUCAAAGGUAUUAUGGUGAAGUUGCCUGCUGGGCUUGAGUUAGACGAGGUAUGUUUGAAUGCUGAAAGCUUCUCAAAGAUGAAAAAUCUUCGACUUUUUAUAAAUCAUAAUGCGCGCUUGUCUGGAGAAGUUGAUUAUCUUCCCAAUGAGUUGAGGCUCCUUAGCUGGCCUGAAUAUCCGUCACAAUCUUUGCCACCCAAUUUUAAUCCAAAGAAACUUGUUGCUCUUACUAUGCCUCGUAGCCGCAUUUUACGACUGGAUUUGGAAUUCAAGAGUUUGAAAUUUAUAAAUUUGGAGCACAGCAAAUUCCUAAGAAAAACCCCUGACUUCUCUGGAGUCCCAAACUUGGAGAAGUUGAAUCUAAACUAUUGUACAAGUUUAGUUGAGCUUCAUCCUUCUGCUGGAUUCCUUCAUAAGCUUGUUAAGUUGAGUCUUAGGGGAUGCUGUAGUCUUACUCUGUUUCCAAGAAUUGUCAACUUGAAAUCUCUGCUGGGGUUGUAUCUUGACGGUUGCAUAAGUCUUGAGAAUUUUCCUGAAAUUGAGGGGAAGAUGGAAUCUUUGAAAUACCUGGGUCUAUCAAAGACUUCCAUCAAAGAAUUGCCUUCAUCGUCAAUUCGACAUUUCACUCAUCUCGAGAAUUUGUAUUUAACCGGAUGUGAAAACCUUACAAAUCUGCCAUGCAGCAUUUAUGAGUUGAAGCACCUAAAGACAAUUUCUGUCCUUCAAUGCUCAAAAUUGGUUUCAUUUCCUAAAAUGGCGAAGUCUGAAGAUUCAAGGAGUGCAGAAUCACUUGUGACUCUUCAAGGAUGCAAUUUAGCGUUUCCCAAGCUAUCUAGAUUCGAAGUGGACGGAUCCAAUCUUUCAGACAUUGCCGAUUUCCUUCUGACUCUUGAUUGCAUGACCACAUUAACUAGACUUGAUCUAUCAGGAAGCAAUUUCGUUAGUCUUCCCGUAUGCAUUAAUAACUUUGUCAACUUGGAGCAACUUUUUUUGAUUAGUUGCCAGAGACUUAGAGAAAUUCCAGAUCUUCCACAUGCAUUGGAAUUUUUAGAUGUGAGUGAUUGUUUAUCAUUGGAAAGAGUUUCAAAAUUGUCCAACAUUUUGGAACGUAAAGAGUCUCAAAUGUUCAGCCAAAUGCACUUGACUAAUUGUUGGAGACUGCGUAACAAUCUGGUUCGAAUUGCAAAGAAGAAAAAUAUGUUCAUAAAUCAAGUCAAUCUCUUCUCUCUGUUUCUCUUGUCUCUCACAUCUCAUGUCAUGGUUGAAUUUCCAGGAAGGGGAAUUCCAAAGUGGUUCAGUUAUCGUAAGGAUUUGAAGGAUCUUUGCGAAUGUCAAUUCUCUAUUAAAACCUCUCAAAAUUUCAAUUGGGAGAACAAAGGAAUUUCUUUUUGUGCUUUUCUCGAAAAGACCAAAAAUAGGUUCCUUGUUGAGAUUAAAACCAGCAUCAGGGAGUUUGCUAUUGAUAUGUACGUGAAGGAAGCAUGCCUUUCUAAUAUGUAUCCAACAGAGAAAGAAUCGAGUUUAGUGUGGCUGUCAUAUUUCCCUUUCCAUGAUUUGAUGUCGAGAAUGGCAUGCACGAAAAGAACAUGGAUGAUGCCGCCUUAUUUGCCUACAAUCCGAGUUCAUUUUGUGCGUAUUAGCAAAGCUGUGAAAAGCUUCGGAGUCCACCUAGUAAUGCCACCAGGAUGA